GUUUUGAGGGAGUAGGAACUUGUUGAUAACGAGUCAUCCCAGGUAUCCUUCCUUAAGUAUCUUAGGAGGAGGCACGGCCAUCUAUAUGAUUUUCCUGGUAUGUUUCCGCCGUAAUAGACUGACCAAAAGCUGUACGGAUAUUCAGUCUGCAUAAUGAAGGACCCCAUAGGCUCCUAGGAGAGGGGCUCGCUUGUGACUCGCCGUAGUAGUUGAUACUGAACAGCUUCACGUCAUGAAUAAGACUUUCGCCGUGUCGGUUCUCGACCCGGCGACUAAGGCGGUUUCCAGAUACAGUGAGCGCCUAUUUUUCAUCAUCAGCCCAAUUCGCGUUGUUCUAUUGAUGACCCGAAAAAGAGACGCAAACGAGGAUCAAGUCUUGCCCGCACUCGCAAACAGCGGGCACCGCAUUUCGAGCUUCCCGAAUAUCCUAACCUCAAUUAAACGAAACAUACUCUAAAUUAUAAUCCUAGGCGCACAGGCAAGUCACUCUCACCGAGUCUAGUGUCUUUGGAAGGAACCGUUUGUGCUGUUUUGAUCAAGACAACGGUGGAGGUCAGCUGUUCCACUACAGUGUUUGCCGGCGCAUCUUAUUUCUCCUUUUUUGGACAGUAGACACUGCGUUAAAAGAUCGCGUAUUUUUGUCGUAUGGGGCCUGGUACUUAUUGACUCAGGCGGAAAAGCCGGCCUAGUACAGUAGCAGAUGGUGGCAUUAAAGGAAGUGGUUGGAACCGCC